GAUGAAAAUUAUUCGAGACGUAGCGUGAAGCGAUGAGCCGUCAGCGGACGUCCGCCGCGAUCAACCCCGAUACGCAACGGGCGCAGCGACGGCUUGUCAGCCUGCGCGACUCGAAUUGUUUGCAACAGUUGGCGCACGCAAUCGUCGCGUUGCUGGUGUCGCGCGCUUCGGUCGACCUCUGGACCUUCGACAUGCAGGCAUCUUCGGGUGGUUCCUCGGUGUGCCUCUACGCACUCCUGCUCUCCGGGGCGUUUUCCAAAGUACGCGCAGACGGAAACGAGCCAGAGAGAAGCCUCGACAAAAUAGAAUUCCUUUACUUCAAGAUUUCCAAGAGUUGCAACGGUAGUGAAGUACCUGGUCAGCCCUACCUCUUUCACCUCGCCAUGGCUGAAGGGGAUGAGAUCCCACUGGAAAUGAAGGCCGCCUUCUUCGAUGACACGUGCCAACCGCCAGGACCGGCCGGGAGUUCAUCAGUUUACCUUCGCGAAUAUGAAGUUUUUCAGGUUGCAUUCGUGGGAACAGACGGCUAUUAUACUCAAGUCGACGUCGGACCAUACGGCCAUUAUUUGGUAACUCUUGGAAACAUCGCUGGAAGCACAUUGAAGAUGGACCUGACCUUGUCGUACGCCACGAACGUGGACCGCUACCGGAGCACCUGGCGGGCAUCGGUGCGCAUCCCGGUUGCGUACUUGCCCCCCGGCGUGGCGACCCUCAAUGCGUGGGCGCGACACGGUCGGCCAAGCGCCCGCCGCGAGCUUGCCUUGUACCCGCCGCCACCAGGAUCCCCGUGCAAGCUCGACUCCACCGCUGUGAAGACUUUCGGCGAACUAGAGAUCAAGCGUAUCUGCGCCAAGUAUGAACCCAAGAAGCUUUCUCACACCUGGAAGAGGGCCUUCGAAGACUACUACUGGGCAUCAUCCAGCACAGCUCGACCAGCUACGGCUCUGCUUGUUGUUUGUCUACUGGCUCUUGGAGUGCGGCGACUCAAGUAAUGCCGCAGACAAGCUCACCUGUCCCGGCGUUGGCUAAAAUGGGAUUCACUGUGAGAGCACUCCUGACCGAUUUAGGCUUCAUCUUCCGGUGAACUCCUGCAAGACUCUCCUCGGCAGGUCUAUGUGGUGCUAAUGCCCCGGAAUAAACAGACAUCACUUCUGAGCACUUCCAUGGACAGAAACAGCUGUUCUCUUUAACUGAGGUGUCCUCUCUCGUCUUAU